GAAAAUGCAGAAGGAUACUAGGUUUCGUCAUUCUUAAGAAACCACAUUGAGACAAGGAGCAUGGAUCCAUUGUACUUCUCCACCACUUUCCUCAAAGAAGCCAUUCCUCCAGAUGAUAACUUCUCCUUUUUGGCUAACACAACAAGCAACACGACUCUCGUAGGGUUUUCCAUUCCUACCAGCAUCCGCUCUGUGCUCAUUCCAAUCAUUUACCUCAUGGUUUGUGCCAUUGGGCUGAGCGGGAACACCUUGGUCAUUUACGUGGUCCUGCGUUAUGCCAAGAUGAAGACCGUCACCAACAUUUACAUUUUAAACUUGGCGAUCGCUGACGUACUCUUCAUGCUCGGCUUGCCAUUCCUGGCUACCCAGAAUGCCAUCUCCUACUGGCCAUUUGGGACUUUCAUGUGCAGGCUAGUGACAGCUUUUGAUGGCAUCAACCAAUUCACCAGUAUCUUUUGCCUGACAGUCAUGAGUCUGGACCGCUACCUUGCCGUGGUUCACCCCAUCAAGUCUACCAAGUGGCGUCACCCAAGGUUCGCCAGACUGAUCAGCCUGGCAGUCUGGACAUUCUCCUUCCUGGUGGUGCUCCCAAUGAUCAUAUUUGCUGAUGUCCAGGAAACCUUUGACACCUGCAACAUGAGCUGGCCUGACCCGGUGCAGAUCUGGUCUGCAGUGUUCAUCAUUUACACCUCCGUCUUGGGGUUCUUUGGACCUCUGCUGGUGAUCUGCCUCUGCUACUUGCUGAUCAUCAUCAAAGUCAAGUCCUCGGGAAUCCGAGUGGGCUCUACAAGGCGCCGAAGGUCAGAGAGGAAAGUGACCAGGAUGGUGGUCAUCAUUGUGGUCGUUUUUGUUUUCUGUUGGCUUCCCUUCUACAUUCUCAACAUCAUCAACCUGAUCUUCAUCUUGCCGGAGGAGCCUGUCUUGGUGGGCAUCUUCUGUUUCGUGGUGGUUCUCUCCUACGCCAACAGCUGUGCCAACCCCAUCCUGUAUGGAUUUCUUUCCGACAACUUCAAGCAGAGCUUUCAGAAGGUCCUGUGCCUCCGCAAAGGAAAUGGCGUUGAAGACGGUGACCCAACCGAACAUCGGCAAGAGAAGAGCAGUCGCCUGCAGGAGGCGAUGCUACUCCAGAGAAGUGUGGAGUCCAAUGGGCACAUGCAGACUAGCAAGCUGUAGAAAGGGACCUCCAUUGCCUUCAAGAGAACUGGAACUUGCUUGGAGCACAUUAUGGUGGCAAAUGCUAUGGGCAUGAUAAGAAUGGACUUUGCCAAAUCCUGUUUCCAGGGUGUACAAAUAUUUGCUUUCUUUCCACCUUGCACAGAAAUGCUCUCCUCUUCAACAUUACAUCACACAAGCAAGACCAGGAAAAAGGGGUGGGGCUAUGCAGAUCAAGGGGUGGGGCAUGCAGAUAGCAGGAGGCUUGAUUCUCAAUGGGGAACACUGUUGCUCCACCUCAACCAUUGGCUUCAUAAAUAGGUGGAAGGGUAAGAAGGCCUCACCCCAGCCCAUCAAACAUGGUAGAUAUAUCUCCAUCAUGCUUCAUGGGCAAGGGUGACAUAUGCCAGUUCCCAAUGUUCACACUGUGGGCUGAUGGGAGUUGUAAUCCAAGAAGCUGGAGGACACCAGGUUGGCAACAGAUACACUAGUGCAAUCCAUAAACGGAAACCACAACAGGAUUGGACAGGCUUGAUUCUCAGUGGCUAAGUUAAGCUGGUAUAAAAUGGAUGGAAAUUUGUAGUAUUGAUACAUAGAAUGCAUUGUAAAUCCUGCCAACCCUAACACACCACGUGACACGGUCCCCAGAUAUGUUUCCACAGCUCUGUUGAGCAUGCUACAAUCCACCUAGCCAUUCCUGGUAAAACAGAGCAUUCUCACAUCUUCCUUACAUGCUUCUAGUGGCCUGCUGUUUUGCAGGUUGCUUCCAGCAGGGGCAGAAGCAACAUCAUCCACGUCAGCAGCAAACCUGAGCAAAGCCAAUAUGAAGAAAAAUGUUCCAUUUUGUGUCCUGCUUUCCCAAGGGUUUUUGCCCUGCCAUUUUUCCUAAAUCUUGCAACACCCAUUAUCAGCACCACUAGAAAUCCGUUUGAAUUAGGAAGCAGACUUUAAGCGUUGCACACCAAUGCUAGUUGGGAUAAUUUGGGUGGUGAUUUGGGGAGAGGAGUAAAUUCAUUAAAACUAAACCAGAAUCAUAGAGUUGAAAGGGGCCCAGGGGUCAUCUAGU